AUGUCGUCUUCGAAGACUUCUAACACUUAUAAUCGUCAAAAUUGGGAAGAUUCGGACUUUCCAAUUCUUUGUCAGACAUGUUUGGGACCUAGUCCCUUUCUCCGUAUGAUGAAAGAGCGCUACGGAAAGGAGUGCAAAAUUUGUUCUCGUCCGUUUACGGUUUUUCGUUGGUGUCCUGGGCCCAAAGCUCGGUUUAAGAAGACUGAGAUUUGCCAAACAUGUGCAAAAGUGAAGAAUGUGUGUCAAACUUGCAUCUUCGAUUUAGAAUAUGGUCUUCCUGUGGAAGUGCGAGAUAAAGCUCUCAGAAUCAGCCAGCAACUUCCUCGAAGCGAGGUUAAUCGUGAAUACUUUCAUCAGCAAGUUGAGCAACAAUUGGAAGCAUCUGGUGAUGUCACAGCUCCCUAUGGAGGUCAUGAAUUAAUCGGUAAAGCUGUUGCCGGUAGUAAUGUUGCUACAGGUAGCUCUGGAGCAGAUCUGUUGCUCAAGUUAGCUCGAACUGCUCCUUACUACAGACGCAAUCGUGCCCACAUUUGCUCAUUCUGGGUAAAGGGCGAGUGUCGUCGUGGUGAGGAAUGUCCCUACAGACAUGAAAAGCCAACCGAUCCAGACGACCCGCUUUCAGACCAGAAUCUCCGUGAUCGCUACUACGGUAACGACGAUCCCGUUGCCGCCAAAUUGCUGUCAAAAUCUCGUGCCAUGCCAACGUUGACUCCCCCAGAAGAUCGCACUAUAACAACUCUCUACAUCGGUGGUGUUUCAGAGGAUAUUACAGAGCAAGAUUUGAGCGAUCACUUCUAUCAAUUUGGUGAACUGCGCUCUGUUAGUGUACACUAUAAACAGCACUGUGCUUUCCUACAAUUCACUACGCGAGAAGCAGCGGAAAAGGCAGCAGAUAGGAGUUACGAUCGUCUCAUUUUGAAGGGGCACCGAUUAACUGUCAAUUGGGGCAAAUCGCCGGCUGCUUUGGCAGCAGCGAAUGCGGGAAUAAGUAUUAAAGGAGCGGCAGGAAAUGAGCUCCUUCCACCUGUACCCGGUCUCCCUCUGCCUCCUGCACCACCACCGUCUUCUAUUAUGUCUAUGGCUGGUCCAUCAACAUCAUUCUUCCCGACGAUGCCCCCUCCAGCUGCUAUGGCUGGACCAAGUGGACCGUUCUUUGCGCCUCCUCCACCCCCACCCCUGCCGGCACCUCUUGUUCAACUUGCUGCACCUGUUGUUGAUCCAAGUGGUUUCAUGGUAGGCCCUCCCCCGCCACCUCUUCUCUCAACACCAAUAGUCCCACCGCCACCCCCGUUGCUACAUCAACAACCAUCUAAGCAAGAAGCUGGAGGAAUUGAAAAGACUGAUGAUGAGAAAAAUUCGGAGAAGAAGGACUCGUCAUCGUCAGUCAGACCAGUUCUGUUGGAACAACCACCAUCAACUUCAUCGGAUGCAGGUGCUUCAAAACCGAGCACCAGCAGCGCCAGCAGUACUACUCAGGAACAGGAACUACUGCCGCAGUCUACUGGAAUUGCACAGGACUUGCCCACUCUAGGUAUUCACUAUCCUAGUCAGAAUCCGCAACGCAUGGGGAGCGUACCACAAUCGCAAAUGCAUAUGUGA